CUACAAACCUGCAUCUUUUUUACUGUUCAACCAACGAUGUCAUACUACUCUUCUGAAACGCCACCUUCAGCUAGUUUUACGGGGUAUCCACCCGCACCUGCAAGUCCGAAUACCACUAAUAACUUCGGGGCGCAUGCUGCUGGCCCCAGCAAUGCGUCGGCGACGUUUAACUAUCCUCCACCUGGUACAAAUAUAUCACCACACCAAAUCCAGAGUAGUUCAUAUACGUCUUUGAGCCCAAAUCAAUACACCCCCACGUCAUAUUCGCACAUGCAACCAUCACAGGCCCAUGCACAGCAAUACGGACAUAGCUCGCUAGCCCUGCCGGGCAUGUAUAGCGCACCGAAUAUACACUAUCAAGCACCACCACCACAAGUCACACAAGCUCAACAACCACCACAGCAGCAGUCUUUUUUCCAUGCCCAGCAACCGUAUGCACAGACUAGUACACAGUCCAUGCAGCAAGCAUACGCACAACCCAAUGCACAACCUGUUUAUGGACAGAUUCACAAUGCUAACGCGGACAUGGGUAGCUACAAACCAGCACCAAUACCGACUACACACUCUGGCCCACCUCCAGCCGGUUACCCGUCUGCAUCUAUGGCAAAUGGUGUGCCGCAACAAAAUGUGUCAACGGGUUACAACCCAAGUCAGUCAUACUAUAAUCAUGAUGAAAGCACAUUUGCUCCUGCUACACAAAGCACUGGUGCUGGUGUGGGCGCAGGUGCAUACGUACCUACCGGCGGGAGCUAUAGCAACGAAAGCUCGUGUAAGAAAUGCCACGGUCAGGGGCUGACUGAGAAGCCACACAAGGAGUGUAAGAAGUGUGGUAUGUCACAUUACGCACACAAAAAACAGCAACAACAGCAACAACAGCAAUCGUCGGGCCAAGGCGGCGGUGCAGAGCCGAAGUGCAAAAAGUGCAUGGGAAUGGGUGCUGGUAUGACAAAGGCAUGUAAGGAAUGUGGCAAGACAUAUCUGACCGGUGCAGCAGCUAUGCUUGGAGGCGGGGCGGGAAAUGGGGGCAGUGGUGGAGGGAGUUUAUCAGGCCUGGCUAAGCUCGGAGGGUCUGGCGGAGGCGGCUUGUCGUCGUUGUUAGCUUUAGCCAAGAAGUGAUCGACUAUCAAGCAGUUUUAAUUGGCAAUACUUGCAGUACAUAUUGCACUGAGGAAGACCUUGGUUGUUUAUUAAGUGAUGACUUCAGCCCAACUAAUCGCUCUAUGCCAAAAACAGUACUGCUUGAGUAUUAGGGUACGUCUUUGUGCAUUCCAAAGCAAUCGAUUCUUUAGUAUUUUUAUUGCUUAUUCGUACAAUGCCGGCACUAGCAGCAGUGCUAAGUACGCAGUACAAACCUUUUAGAAGAUAAACUACAGACUGCUAGAUGAGUCAUGGAAUAUACAGAACAGCGAAUACAAUCGAUAGCUCGCAUCUGACUGUCGCUUCUAGGAG